AUGUCAAAUAUAGACAAUGUCAUCAUUCAGGUUAGAGCCCGUUUGAAUUUUUUGAAAAUACACCUUUGGGAAGAACCCUAUUAUUACGCAGAUAUUGGGAGUAUUGAAUCUGAAAUAGAUCGCCUAGCAGUAGAUUUUAGCAGAAAUUUGAGUAUAAGCACCUCAUAUUGCAAAUUAGCUUUAACUGAGCUACAGGAAGGUGCUCUAAGAAAAUUGGCAGCCAGAAAGGAAUAUAGCGAGACAGGUUUCGCUACCUUGACCGUAAGACGCAUUAGCAACGAAGAGGGUACAAAAACCAUUCAAAAUAUGAAAUGUGAAUUAAACAUACUUGGAAAAGAUUUGCAAAAACGUAUAGCCGAUGAACUACAAAUAUCGGAUCCGAAUUGUGUAAAAUGUAUUAGUGCCGGAAAGAUUAUUGAUCCAGAAAAAACGCUUGAAAUGCAGGGAGUGAAAAAUAACCAGCAAUUAAUGGUCAUCAUAAGCGAUUUUGAGCAUGAUGGAGCAAAUUCAAAGGAUGCAAUGUACGAUCGUAUACGAAAAAUUAAAAUGGAUGUUGAAUCAAUAGUGGACUCUGAGAGACAGCUCUUCGAGAUGGAAGAUCAAGAUGGAAAUCCUGUAUUUCUACCACCAAAUGAAAAUCGUGCCCUGCUAAUGGCUAUGGGAUACGUGGAAAAAGCACGUGCAGCUAUGAAAAGACAACACUAUGAUGAGGCAUUAAUACUCCUGCUCGAAGCAGACGAAAAAUUUUCCACAUGUGAUUCCAAAUUUAUCGAAUCUGUGGACAAUUAUGCCUUGAUAAAUUUAGAUAUUGUGUGGUGUUAUUUGUGUCUCAAGAAUGUUACCCAAUUACCUGAUGCACAGCGUCGCCUGAACAUCUGUGAGCAGAGCUUCCGUCGUAGCUAUGGCGAAAACAUGAAUCGUUUAAUUGCACUUAAGGGAAAUGCGUGUCCUGAGCGUGCACUUAUUAUGCGUUUACAUCUACUUCAGGGUGUGGUACUCUUCCAUCAGAAUUGCCGCGAUGAGGCUUUUGAACGUUUAGAGCUCGCUGCAAGCGAAUUGCGUGAAUUGAAAAUUGAUGACAAGGCUGUAGAAAUGCUUGUUGAAAUGGGCUUUGAACCUCACGAAGCACGGUUGGGGCUACGUGCAGGUAGCAAUGAUAUAGAAAAAGCUAUUGCGAUCAUACAUGAGCAAAAGGAAAAGAAACGGGAUGCGCGCCAACAGUCACAUAAAGAGCGUAAAAUAAAUGCGAAAUUGUCGCGUAGUAAUAGCAAUCAUGAAUGGGUAAAUCCGCGUAGUGUAUGUACAUUGGUGGAGAUGGGCUAUCAACAUGAUUUGGUAGUUGCAGCGCUUAAGAAAACGAAAAACGAUCUACAGCAAGCGUUGGACUUACUGCAAAUGAAUAACGAUGAAUUAGCUAAAGAGGUGCCGCAGAAAGCAAAGGCCGAUUCGGAAAUCUGCACACAGCUUAAGACACUCGGCUUUAAUGAGGAAAUGGUGCGUGUGGCACUUGAAGCAAAUGCAAACAAUUUGGAAAAAUCCCUAGAUUUCCUUGUCAAAGCAAGCGGCAACGAAGAAGAGCUAGCAGAGCAAAUGCAGCGCAUGGUUGAAGCUGCCUCAAAUGUUGUAGACGAUAAUGCACCCUCGACAUCGAGCGGCGCAAGCGCACUUGUGCAAACUGCAUUAAAAAAGUUCAAACAAGAAAUGAAAUUUUUAAAUGCAUAUAAACGUUUCAAUGAAGAUCUCACAAAUAACGAUGAUGACUAUCUGGAUUUGCCGCUAGUACAGGAGGAGCAGAUUUUGGCUGAAUAUAAACGUUUUCUAGCUGAAUGAUUAACAAUUUUAAUAUCAUUUUACAAUUUUUUAUUUAACUCUCUUUCCAUUAUACUAUAUAAUAUUUUCAAUGUGUAUUUUGUGUCACAUUCUAUGUUUUAUUUUAAGGUCAAUAAAAAACUUGUAUGGUAACACAUGCCUUCAAAAAUACAUGUAAUAAUUCCU